GUCACGACUCGGACGCUGCUGCGGUGCUGCAGGUGGAAACAUGGCGAUGAAGGCUCUCAGAGGGAUGGUGAACGGGGCCAUGAGUGAGCUGUCCUCGGCUGUCAGCGGGACCAAACCGACGGCCGCCGCCCCGCGGUCCUCCGCCGCCUCCCGGGAGCAUGUGAUGGCCGUGAGCCGGGAUUACAUCUCGCAGCCCCGCCUCACCUAUAAAACAGUUUCUGGAGUCAACGGGCCGCUGGUGAUUCUGGAUCAGGUGAAGUUUCCUCGCUACGCAGAGAUCGUCCAUCUCACGCUGCCUGAUGGGACCAAGAGGAGUGGCCAGGUGCUGGAGGUCACCGGCUCCAAAGCUGUGGUGCAGGUGUUUGAGGGGACUUCAGGUAUCGAUGCCAAGAAGACGAGCUGCGAGUUCACAGGAGACAUCCUGAGGACGCCUGUCUCCGAGGACAUGUUGGGCCGUGUGUUUAAUGGAUCUGGUAAACCUAUCGACAGAGGACCAGCAGUCCUGGCUGAAGACUUCCUGGACAUCAUGGGCCAGCCUAUAAACCCUCAGUGCCGUAUCUACCCUGAGGAGAUGAUCCAGACGGGAAUAUCUGCCAUCGAUGGCAUGAACAGCAUCGCCAGAGGGCAGAAAAUCCCCAUCUUCUCUGCUGCCGGGCUGCCACACAACGAGAUCGCAGCUCAGAUCUGUCGACAGGCCGGUUUGGUGAAGAAAUCCAAGGACGUGAUGGACUACAGCGAGGACAACUUUGCCAUCGUGUUUGCAGCUAUGGGGGUGAACAUGGAGACCGCCAGGUUCUUUAAGUCUGACUUUGAGGAGAACGGUUCCAUGGACAACGUCUGUUUGUUCCUCAACCUGGCCAACGACCCCACCAUCGAGCGAAUCAUCACACCCCGUUUGGCUCUGACAUCAGCAGAGUAUCUGGCCUAUCAGUGUGAGAAGCACGUCCUCGUCAUCCUCACUGACAUGAGCUCCUAUGCAGAAGCUCUCCGAGAGGUGUCUGCUGCCAGAGAGGAAGUGCCGGGCCGGCGAGGUUUCCCUGGUUACAUGUACACGGAUUUGGCCACCAUCUACGAGAGGGCGGGCCGAGUGGAAGGACGUAACGGCUCCAUCACCCAGAUCCCCAUCCUCACCAUGCCCAACGACGACAUCACUCAUCCAAUCCCAGACCUGACGGGUUACAUCACUGAGGGACAAAUCUAUGUGGACAGACAACUUCACAACAGACAGAUCUAUCCUCCCAUCAACGUGCUGCCGUCUCUCUCUCGUCUCAUGAAAUCUGCCAUCGGGGAGGGAAUGACCCGCAGAGACCACUCUGAUGUCUCCAACCAGCUCUACGCGUGUUAUGCCAUAGGGAAGGACGUCCAGGCCAUGAAGGCGGUGGUGGGGGAGGAGGCUCUGACAGCUGAUGACCUGCUCUAUCUGGAGUUCCUGACCAAGUUUGAGAAAAACUUCAUCGCCCAAGGUGCCUACGAGAACAGGAGCGUGUUUGAGACUCUGGACAUCGGAUGGCAGCUGAUGAGGAUCUUCCCCAAAGAGAUGCUGAAGAGGAUCCCUCAGACCACCUUGGCUGAGUUCUACCCCCGAGAAGCCAAACAUUAAGCAGACACACUUCAUCUCCACCAGUCCUGCCGCUUCCAUCUGUUCAGUGACGUCUCACUGCAUACAUUCAGUAACGUGUUGUACCGUCACACAUGAUGUGAUGCUGUAAACGUCCUGACACUCGUGACAACACAUCGACAUUCCUGCUUAAACAACCAGAAACACGAGGAGGGAAAUACACCGAGUGUUUACAGUGAGAAUGGAAGAGAAUACAGUGAGAGUGUUUAUGUCUUUAACGUCUAAAUGGAUGAUGAUGAUAACGUUUUAAUUAUUGUGUCACGCCUAUCAUUAGCAAAUGAUACCGGAGAAGUCACAGUAAUUGUCCCUCCUUUUCCAGGCUUUGAAGUUGAUGUCGGCAAAUACCGGUGGUUCGACACUAAACCCUGUAAAACAGCGAAUGAUCGUGUCGUAUUUUGGUUUCUGCACGUAGACAGUGAACAAGCUAAAAUGUGUUAAUCAGACAGAACCAGGCUAAGUGUUUCCGUCUGUUUCCAGUCUUUAUGCUAAGCUAAGCUAACCAGCUGUCCGACUCCCUGCAAGAAAGCGAAGAAGCGUUUUUAAUUGCACUGCGUGUUUUAAUGAGUGGGUCCCAGUUUAGCCAGUGAAGACGAUUCGUUUAUCAGAGCUCGAGGAUUCACUCUGAACGUAAAACGUUUGGUUUGUUUAGAAAGAAACCGUCAGAGUGAACGUCGACCAGGAGAGUGUCUCUCUGGUCCAAAGUGUCAGCCGGUUUCAAGUUUGUGUUUCGGCAGACCGUAGACUUUUAGAGGUUGUGGUCCAAUCAGUCAAAGACAGUAACUUAUUGCGUGAAAGUGCCUCCCUGUCUUUUCCAUCAGCUAGCACACAACAGAAAAAUGUCUACGAUACGAUUCGAUACGGUACGUUACGAUAUUUACGAUUACGAUAUGAUGCGAUGUGUCUGUCUUGGACUCAAGAAUUACUGUCUUACAAUAAUAGUCCAGAAGAAAUGAAAAGCAUACAUCAUAAAAAAACCCAUAAAAACACACAUCUUCAAAACUACGCAAAACAGUACUGCAUGUGUUUUUAUGUGUUUUUAUGUUUUCCAGGGUAAAGAACCCACGUAACGUCACCACCACAACGAGACUUUAAAGUCGUGUUAAGUGACGUUCUGUAGUCUCAUUUAGCUCCUUGUUAGAAACCACCUUUUUUAAGACACAUAAAAGCUUCUGAACUCACAGUGGGGUAUUUACUGAUAUAUUAUGUCGUAGAACAAAACGUGAACAUCUCUUCAGCUUGUGUCAACCACAGACCUUAUUUCAGACAUCUAACCAAAAACACACUGACUUCGAGACGAAGGAACAGGAAGUGCUAACAUGCUAACUCAUUUAUAGGUUUUAGGGCCUGAACCAGUUAUCAAUCAGUUUCUAAUUUAGUGAAUCACUUCACAGCAUUAUGGGGGUGGGUGGGGGCUGAAGUAUGAUACCUCAGGCUAACAAUAAAUAAAUAUUCAUAAGAUUGUUAUUGUAAAAAAUAAUAUUCACCUUGGGCUUGCAACUUUUCAGUUAGCUAGCGUGCUAGCUUGCAAAAACUGUCUACUUAUCAACCCCUUGAUCAUAACAGAAUAUCGUAACUUUCGCCAUCGCUCAUUUUAGAAAGGACACCACAAGAUGCCAACUUCCAUGUGUUAGCAUCAAGCUAACAGACUAAGAGCUAGUUUUUUGCCACAUGGUUGGAAGUAGAAUCAGAGAAAGGUUUGUGACCAAGUAAGUUUUCACUCAAAGGGAAUUUCGGUGUUUUGUGCGUACAAAAAAAAUAUUACUUAGAGGAUAUAAGAUGUAUGUAAUCUGAAGAAACGCUAUAUUCUUUAGCCACCAGGUACCAUCCUGAGAAGAUGAAGGCUUGCUAAUGUUAGCACGCUAGCUGACACUGACAGCCAGAAACAUCUAUGACCCACUGUCUCUUUAAUAAUCUAAACAAAGAACAGGUUUUCUUGUGGUGAAAAUUACUAUAUUCUGUUAUGAUCAAGGAGUUGAUGGUAAGCACACAGCGUUAGCUAGCUAGUUAGCACGCAAGCUAACACGCUAGUUAGCACGCUAGCUAGUUGAAAAGUUGUCUAGUUCCGCUUUCAGUAUUCACACCAAUUUUGAGCUUAGGACUAAUAUAAUUUAUACAAUAAUGAUCUUAAGAAUAUUUAUUGUUAACCUGCUGAGUCAUCACAACUCUUUUUGUACGGAGCAUGACAAAAAAAAUGUUUGCAAAGUGACGGAAAUCCAAAAACGCGAGUCUUAUCAUGGAUGUAUAAAGAGACCUAGAUACAGCGUUGGAGGCGGGGCCCCGUUCAGACUAUGAAAGUUGCUCAGCACUGUAUGAAAUAAAAAAGCUCUAUUUCCACUGUAUGAAAUUACUCUGAUCUUGUGAGUUGUGGGGCCCAUGGAGCAGCAGACAAGAGGCUGACUUCUCUCGGCUGAGUAGCUAAUUUCCAGUUUAGCGCUCCGCUAAUUUGAAUGGGGAUAAAAUGAUCCGAUCGUGCAGCUCCUCUAGAUUUUGGAAAUGUUACUCGACCAAACGGGUCGAAUCCAGCGAUUUGCGAUUGUUAAAAAAGACAUUUCCACUGAUUUACAGACGUCUCUACAAUGUAAGUCAAUAGGAAAAAUUCUUUUUGGGCCACAUGGCAUCAUGUGACAGACCUGGACGGUGUAACUGCUGUUCCUGGGGUUUGACUUGUAUAUGUUCCUCCCCGCUUAUAAAACUGUGAAGUGGAUCGCUGAAUUAAAAUGAACAGUAUUGGACUGACAGCGGAUUGUAAGCCUCUGAUUGGCCAAAUUAUAAACUGAUUGAGGUACCACACCCUCUCAGAGUCUCUGGUCUGCAGGGACACCCUACAUAAACACUGUUGAGGUGUGUUUAUGGCGCAGGCCUGCAGGUGAGCUUGCAUCAUCUCCCCGCCCCCAGGAGCGCUCUCCUCUAGUCUUCUUAUGCAAAUAAGGAGGGAAAUAAAAUAAAACUUUAAAAAUACCUUCGGCCGUACUGCUAGCCGCCGCUGCAUCACUGUGGUCUCUCUGCACUUCCUGCGCCCUCGAGUGACUGUUUCAGUCACUAACGUCCUGUAAAGACAAACUGUUUAAAGACAUGGUGACACAUAGUGGAUUUUUGAGCCUAACACAUCUAACACACAGCGACGGCCCACUUAAAAACACCCAUAUUUCAAGGCAAAAAAGACGCCAGAAACAGUGACGGGGUCCGAAAAGAACACCCAUGUUUGGAGGCGAAAAAAAUGUGCUAGAGACACAGUGAUGGGUUGCUAAAAAAACACCUUUGUUUGGGAGCUAAAAAGCAACUGGAGACCAGUGGCAGCUCUCUAAAAAAACCCUCACAUUUGGGGGCAAAUAGACGCUGGAAACACAGUUACAGGUCGCUAGAAACACCCGUGUUCGAGGGCCAAAGAAAGAUGCUGGAAACACAGUGAGGGCUCACUGAAAGCAGCCAUGUUUUGGGGCUGAAAGCCUCGCUCCUGAGUGAACUGAAGUGUGAUGACAGGCAUGUGUGCUCAUUAGGCUCCUGCAGGCAUUUCAUCACAAUGUUUUAUUUUGGCGGUCAGUCGGCGCACCUUCCUGUCCUUGUACAUGCCAUACGACUGUGACACUCUGACAGACUGUCAUGUUCUGCCAUCAGGUACGAGGCCUCGUCUGGAAGAAGCUGUGAUACUUUUCAAGAAAGCCAUGUAGGAGAGCCGGCAAGUGAAAUUAUAUCAGAGCUUUGAUGAUGAUGAUGAUGAUGAUGAUGAUGAUGUAUGAGGAAGCUGUCCCAUCAUUCCUUUACUGCUGGAUGUUGUGGUUCCUUUAGAUGAUGACGUUCUCUGUGUACGUGUUCUCUUUACUUCUGAGUGUUUGUAGAUGGUGUAUUUCUGUUGAACAGUGUGUGCACAGUGACCGGGUGUAAUAAUCAGCCUGCAUGCAUCGUUGUUUAAUGUCAGCGCCUCAAAUGUCUCUGAAAUAAAAGCUGCUGUGAUCAG